UGGAGCCUUGCCCUUCUAGGACUUUGCACUCGCUCUCCUUAACCCCUCAGGCCCCGGAGGAGGCGGAGGGGCUGCGGGAGAGUCUGGCGGGUGGACAUCCAGAUUCCAGACGUGUCCCGGAUACAGAAACUGGAAGCCAUUUGUGGUCUUUGCAAGGCAAACUUUUCUCUUGGGAGAAAAAAAGAGCGGAAUCACCUGCAGGGAUCAGUCCUGUGGCCCCAGAAAUGGUCCCGUGAAGGAAAAGGCAUCUGGAGACCCACCAGAGUCCUUGGAGCCAUCUGCAGUUGCUCUGCAGGAGAGAGAAAGGAUGGAGACACAACCUUUGGGAAAGGAGGGAGCCGGAAAAGGCCCUUCAGCUGCUCAGCCUGGGAAGGGGGGGAAGCUCUGGACAAGAACCGGGCAGAAGAUCCUGGAGGAGGAAACCAUCCUCUCCUCAGAAGUUCAGCCCUGGAGCUUCAUCCAAUACCGGGAGGCUGAAGGUCCCCGAGGACUUUGCAGCCGACUCCAUGACUUUUGCAGGCGAUGGCUGAGACCAGAAAAGCACACCAAAGCCCAGAUGCUGGACCUGGUGGUUCUGGAGCAGCUCCUGCCUUUCCUGCCCCCAGAGAUGGAGGGCUGGGUGCGAGAGUGUGGAGCAGAGACCAGCUCCCAGGCGGUGGCCCUGGCGGAAGGCUUCCUCUUGAGCCAGGCGGAGGAGCAGAAGGAGCAGAUCCAGUUGCAGUGCUGCACUGCAGAGAUCAGAAAUGCUGAGGGAAAGAAGAACCCAUCAAAUCCCUCCCAGGAGCUAUUUUUCAGGAGGAUCCCUUGGGAAGAUCCAAGUCAGGACACCUCAGGAGAGAAACCAAGAAUGAAGCUUUCUGGUUUUUAUGAUGGAGAUCAGACAGCGAUUGAACCUUCAAAUCAAGAGCGUCUGGUGUCCUUCGAGGAGGUGGCUGUGUCUUUCUCUGAGGAGGAAUGGUCUCAGCUGGAUCCUGACCAGAAAGCGCUGCAUUCGGAAGUCAUGCUGGAAAACCAUAGGAACGUGGUCUCUCUGGGUAAUAAUGGGCAGGAGAAUCAAGAUUCCUGUGAACUGUUCCAAGUGAUCAAUGCUAAAGAUGGAAGGGAGAAGUUUGGAAUUCGAAUGGAAUUCAAAAGCCAUGAGAGAAACCAGUCAAAGAAUUGGGAUCAGGAAAGCUCAUCUUCCACUGAUGCUCCGAUUCAAGAAUUUCUUGCCCAACAAGAGAAAAUAAGGAAAAAAUAUGCUGGGAAAAGUGUGAAUCUAAUCAAGGCUAAAGUACAAGUAAAUGAACACUAUUUAACCCAGAAAAAAGGAGAAAAUGCUAUAAGAAGACACAACGGACAAAAUUACAAUGGGACAUUCAUUCUUUCUCUUGGAAAUAAGUUCCUUACAUCUCAAAAGGUGAUUGACACAAAAGAGAAGCCUUAUAAAUGUUUGGAAUGUGGAAAAUGUUUUAGAACAAACAGUCAACUUACUAUCCAUAGUAGGAUCCACACAGGGGAGAAACCGUAUAAAUGCAUGGAGUGUGGAAAGACCUUUGCUCAAAGAGGUAAUCUUUUUUCCCAUAAGAUGAUCCACACAGGGGAGAAGCUGUAUAAAUGCAUGGAGUGCGGAAAGAGGUUUACUCAGAGCAGUGGACUUAGAAGCCACAAAACGAUCCACUCAGGAGAGAAACCAUAUAAAUGUCUGCAAUGUGGAAAACUUUUUACAACAAACAGGCAACUUACUAUCCAUAAAAGGAUCCACACAGGGGAGAAACCAUAUAAAUGCAUGGAGUGUGGAAAGACCUUUUCUCAAAGAGGUAAUUUUAUUUCCCACAAAAGGAUCCACACAGGGGAGAAGCCGUAUAAAUGCAUGGAGUGUGGAAAGACCUUUGCUCAAAGAGCUAAUCUUUUUUCCCAUAAGAUGACCCACACAGGGGAGAAGCUGUAUAAAUGCAUGGAGUGCGGAAAGAGGUUUACUCAGAGCAAUGGACUUAGAAGCCACAAAACGAUCCAUUCAGGAGAGAAACCAUAUAAAUGUCUGCAAUGUGGAAAACUUUUUACAACAAACAGGCAACUUACUAUCCAUAAAAGGAUCCACACAGGGGAGAAACCAUAUAAAUGCAUGGAGUGUGGAAAGACUUUUGCUCAAAGAGGUCAUCUUUUUUCCCAUAAGAUGACCCACACAGGGGAGAAACCAUAUAAAUGCAUGGAGUGUGGAAAGACCUUUGCUAAAAGAGGUAAUCUUUUUUCCCAUAAGAUGACCCACACAGGGGAGAAGCUGUAUAAAUGCAUGGAGUGUGGAAAGACGUUUACUCACAGCAGUGGACUUAGACGCCACAAAACGAUCCACUCAGGAGAGAAACCAUAUAAAUGUCUGGAAUGUGGAAAACGUUUUACAACAAACAGGCAACUUACUAUCCAUAAAAGGAUCCACACAGGGGAGAAGCCAUAUAAAUGUAUGAAGUGUGGAAAGACCUUUGCUCAAAGAGGUAAUGUUAUUUCUCAUAAGAGGAUCCACACAGGUGAGAAGCCGUAUAAAUGCAUGGAGUGUGGAAAGACGUUUACUCAUGUCAGUGGACUUAAAAGCCACAAAAAGAUCCACUCAGGAGAGAAAUCAUAUAAAUGCAUGGAGUGUGGAAAGAUGUUUACUCAUAACAAUGGACUUAAAAGCCACAAAAAGAUCCACUCAGGAGAGAAACCAUAUAAAUGCAUGGAGUGUGGAAAGACCUUUGCUCAAAGAAGUAAUGUUAUUUCUCAUAAGAGGAUCCACACAGGGGAGAAGCCGUAUAAAUGCACGGAGUGUGGAAAGAUGUUUACUCAUGUCAGUGGACUUAAAAGCCACAAAAAGAUCCACUCAGGAGAGAAAUCAUAUAAAUGCAUGGAGUGUGGAAAGAUGUUUACUCAUAACAGUGGCCUUAGAAGACACAAAAAGCUCCACACAGGAGAGAAGCCGUAUAAAUGCAUGGAAUGUGGAAGGAGGUUUGCUCAGAGUGGUCAUCUUACCUCUCAUAAAAGGAUCCACGAUCGGGAGAAACUAUAUAGCAAUAGCAAUUCCACUUACGCGCUCCUCUUUCCCGCCCUUUCUACCAUUGCCCCAAGUCCACGGCGGGGGGGGGAGGGGGACUCCAGGCGCUUCCCCAUUGGCCCACUGGAGAGCGAAUGGGAAGGAAAUGAGAGCACAAAAGCUUGCCGCUCUAGGACUUUGCACUCGCUCUCCUUAACCCCUGAGGCCCCGGAGGAGGUGGAGACGCUGCGGGAGAGUCUGGCGGGGGGACAUCCAGACGUGCCUCGGUGCUGCACUGUGGAGAUGAGAGAUUCUGAGGGAAAGAAGAACCCAUCAAAUCCCCCUCAGGAGCUAUUUUUCAGGAAGAUCCCUUGUGAAGAUCAAAGUCAAGACACCUCAGAAGAGAAACAAAGAAUGAAGCUUUCUGGUUUUUAUGACGGAGAUCAAACAGCGAUUGAACCUUCAAAUCAAGAGAGUCUUGUGUCCUUCGAGGAGGUGGCUGUGUCUUUCUCUGAGGAGGAAUGGUCUCAGCUGGAUCCUGACCAGAAAGCGCUGCAUUCAGAAGUCAUGCUGGAAAACCAUAGGAACGUGGUCUCUCUGGGUAAUAAUGGGCAGGAGAAUCAAGAUUCCUGUGAACUGUUCCAAGUGAUCAAUGCUAAAGAUGGAAGGGAGAAGUUUGGAAUUCGAAUGGAAUUUGAAAGCCAUGAGAGAAACCAGUCAAAGAAUUGGGAUCAGGAAAGCUCAUCUUCCACUGAUGCUCCGAUUCAAGAAUUUCUUGCCCAACAAGAGAAGAAAAAAUAUAGUGGAAAAAGUGUGGAUCUAAUCAAAGCUAAAGUACAAGUAAAUGAACACUAUUUAACCCAGAACAGAGGAGAAAAUGCUAUAAGAAGACACAACGGACAAAAUUACAAUGGAACAUUCAUUCUUUCUCUUGGAAAUAACUUCCUUACAUCUCAAAAGCCUUAUAAAUGUUUGGAAUGUGGAAAAUGUUUUAGAACAAGCUGGCAGCUUACUUCCCAUAAGAUGAUCCACACAGGAGAGAAGCCAUAUAAAUGCAUGGAGUGUGGAAAGACCUUUACUCAUAGCAGUACACUUACUAUCCAUAAAAGAAACCACACAGGGGAGAAACCAUAUAAAUGCAUGGAGUGUGGAAAGACCUUUGCUCAAGGAAGUCAUCUUAUUUCCCAUAAGAUGAGCCACACAGGGGAGAAGCCGUAUAAAUGCAUGGAGUGCGGAAAGACGUUUACUCAGAGCAGUGGACUUAGAAGGCACAAAACGUUCCACUCAGGAGAGAAACCAUAUAAAUGUUUGGAAUGUGAAAAAUGUUUUAAAACAAACAGGCAACUUACUAUCCAUAAAAGGAUCCAUAUGGGAGAGAAACCGUAUAAAUGCAUGGAGUGUGGAAAGACCUUUGCUCGAAGAGGUCAUCUUAUUUCUCAUAAUAUGAUCCACACAGGGGAGAAGCCGUAUAAAUGCAUGGAGUGUGGAAAGAUGUUUACUCAGAGCAGUGGACUUAGAAGCCACAAAAUGAUCCACUCAGGAGAGAAAUCAUAUAAAUGUCUGGAAUGGGGAAAAUGUUUUACAACAAACAGGCAACUUACUAUCGAUAAAAGGAUUUACACAGGGGAGGAACCGGAGAAGCCGUAUAAAUGCAUGGAGUGUGGAAAGAUGUUUACUCAGAGCAGUGGACUUAGAAGCCACAAAAUGAUCCACUCAGGAGAGAAAUCAUAUAAAUGUCUGGAAUGGGGAAAAUGUUUUACAACAAACAGUCAUCUUAUUUCCCAUAAAAAGAUCCACACAGGUGAAAAGCCGUAUAAAUGCAUGGAGUGUGGAAAGACCUUUACUCUGAGCAGUGGACUCACUAUCCACAAAAGGAUCCACACAGGAGAGAAACCCUUUAAAUGCAUGGAGUGUGGAAAAUGUUUUACAACAAACAGGCAACUUACUAUCGAUAAAAGGAUUUACACAGGGGAGGAACCGUAUGAAUGCAUGGAGGAUGGAAAGACCUUUGCUCAAAGAGGUAAUCUUAUUUCUCAUAAAAGAAUCCAUACAGGAGAGAAGCCGUAUAAAUGCAUGGAGUGUGGAAAGAUGUUUACUCUUGCCAGUACACUUGCUUCCCAUAAGAUGAUCCACACAGGGGAGAAACCAUAUAAAUGCACGGAGUGUGGAAAGAUAUUUGGUCAAAGAGGUAAUCUUAUUUCCCAUAAGAUGAUCCACACAGGGGAGAAACCAUAUAAGUGCACGGAGUGUGGAAAGACCUUUGCUCAAAGAGGUAAUCUUAUUUCUCAUAAAAUGAUCCACACAGGGGAGAAACCAUAUAAGUGCAUGGAGUGUGGAAAGACCUUUGCUCAAAGAGGUAAUCUUAUUUCUCAUAAGAGGAUCCACACAGGGGAGAAGCCGUAUAAAUGCAUGGAGUGUGGAAAGGCCUUUGCUCAUAGCAGUACACUUACUAUCCAUAAAAGAAACCACACAGGGGAGAAACCAUAUAAAUGCAUGGAGUGUGGAAAGACCUUUGCUCAAAGAGGUAAUCUUAAUUCUCAUAAAAUGAUCCACACAGGAGAUAAGCCAUAAAUGCAUGGAAUGUGGAAGGAGGUUUGCUCAGAAUGGUCAUCUUACCUCUCAUAAAAGGAUCCACGAUCGGGAGAAACUAUAUAGCAAUAGCAAUUCCACUUAGACUUGUAUGCCACUCCACAAUGCUUUACCAAACACACUUAGCAGUUUACACAGUCAGCAUAUUGGCCCCAGCAAUCUGGGUCCUCAUUUUAGCGACCUCAGAAGGAUGAAAGACUGAAUCAACCAUGAGCCAAUCAGGAUCGAACUCCUGGCUGUUGGCAAUUUGCCUCUAGUACUGCAUUCUAACCACUGACCCAUCCUGUCUCUAUAGAUUUGUGUGUGUAUGCAAAUUGUGUCUUUCUGAUCCAAAUGAGUCAAGGUUAAAUCCAACAAAAUGAAACUUAAUGUGGAAAAAAGUAGGAGUUUACACCUGGGCAGGAAAAACAUUACAUGAAACCUCACUCAAAAACAGUGACUUUGGGAGUCUGAAUGGAUGAUCACCUAAACAUGAGUCAUGUGUGCGGCAGCAUAUAUAAUCCUUAAUUGUAUAAAGAGAGGCAUAGAAUCAAAAUCACGUGAAGUAUUAGUACCGGUUUAUAAAGCCUUAAUAAGACCACACCUGGAAUACUGCAUCCAGUUUUGGUCAUUACAUUAAAAAAAAGAUGUUGAGACUUUGGAGAAAGUACAAAGAAGAGCAGCUAAGAUGAUUAAAGGCCUGAAGACUAAAACAUAUGAAGAACGGCUGCAGGAUUUGGGUUUGGCUAGUCUACAGAAAAGAAGGUUUAACAGUGAUAUGAUAGCAAUAUUCCAGUACUUGAGAGGCUGCUACAAAGAGGAGGGCGGUCAAUUUAUUUUCCAAAGCACCAGAGGGCAGGACAAGAAACAAUGAAAAUAAGGAGAGAAGCAACCUCAUAUUAACCAGAAUCUUCCUUACAGUGAAGAUAAUUAACCAAUGGAACAGCUUUCCUUGAGACACAGGUUCUUCAUCACUGGACUUUUUAAAGAAGAGACUGAAUAGUCACUUGUCUGAAAUAGAUUCUUGUUGUGGUCCUCCAGCAGCCUGCAGACCUCGCAGCAGAGUUGGACAAUGAGGAG